AUGAGCGACGAUGAAAGCCUCACGAGUACCAGCAGCGAUGAGGAAAGCGACACUGAUGAAAUGCCGAUUGCCAAGCUCAAGGGAUGGCGGCGCCUCCUUGCUCUACUGGACAAAGAAAACAGUGAAGUAAUCAGUACAAUGACCAACGUGCUGGCGGACUAUCCUGAGUUUGCUUCUUUACGGAUCUACGGGCCAAAAAGUUUCAAGUUCCGCAUUUUUCAAUGGUACCCUGAUGUUUACGAGGGUGCCAGGUUCUACCCCUUGUUCAUUUUGGUAUCACGAGGAGCCAACUUGGAAGCUGUGAAAAAAGUACAUGAAUUGGCUCCUCAAGCCUUGGAAGCCACGACAAUAAUGACACUUCAUCAUUAUGACACUUUCUUCAACUUGGAAUUGGCUGCGACGGGUGAACCAAAACCCAGUGUCCUCGUGUACUUGAUUGAAGAAUGCCCAGAGCUCGUCUCGUGUCUGGGUGAACAGGAGGUCCAAUCCAUCCUGGAAAACCUUUCCCGCAACCCUUACGACGAAGGGGAACUGCCCUUUUUGAAGUGCUUUCUCUCCAAUCUACUUGACAAUGCUCCCGUGACCUAUGAUUUUGACCGGCUACAGCAGAUUUGCAGCUUUGAUGGUCUUUCCAAGGACAUCAUCGAUAGAGUUGCUUACUAUGCUCAAGACUCCGUUUCUCAUCGUCUUAGCCACCUUCACGUUCUUAAGAACGUUUCAAAAGGGUAUGUCAAGGCGCUGGUCAUUGUUAUGCCUCGCAUAACGGAGCUGGAGUUGCCCCGGCAUUACGAAGGUCCCGUUGGUGAAGUCUUUCCUAGCCUGACCAGGUCCAUUGCCAAUAAUGGGACGCACCUGAGAAUUCUCAAACUAUCGCUUCCAUCAAUCUUGAUGAACGAUUCCAAAGAUGCGCGUCAGUCAGUGUGCUCUCUCGCGGCAAACUUGCUUCAACUGGAGCAUCUCGAAUUGCACUGCCCCUGGAAACCGAACGGAGUCUAUGAUAAUUUGAUGCUGCAAGAUUUAGUGAAAGGAAUUGAACACAGACGAUCUCCAAUUGCUUCUUUGGAACUUUCGGGUUUUCUUCUCGCAGGAAUAUUUCAAGAUCUGGUAUCAUUGCUCCUGUCUCCAAAUGGAGCCACAAAGCUGACAUUGUCUGGCUGUAGUCUGGAAGGAGACUUUCCUUUCACUUCGGUAGCCUCAAGUGCUGCACGAAACGGGGCAAGUUUGAAAGGACUUACUGUCCAGUAUGGGUAUAUACCUUCUGACAGCCUACUUGCAUUGAUCACCUUGUUGUCACAAUUGCCAACUCUGGAAAUGGUGGAAUUGUCAACCUUUGACAGCCACCUGAACUCCGAUAUCUGCUGUGAGCAUAUCCUGUCUCUGGUUCAACAGUCCAAGCAGUUAAGGUCUUUGACACUGCGGAGGUUUCCUGAGGUAUACCUCGACCGGCUUUGGGACAUUUUGAGGCCUGAUGAUCACAGUUUAGAAGAACUGAUUUUCGAAGUGCUACCAGAGAAGUGCAGAACCGGUAGGGCUGACAACCAUGAGCAAUUUAUCACCAGCUUUGAGCCAGGGCUGGCAGAAUUGUUGCAAACAAAUACAACUCUCGGGCUGUGCCUCUUCGGACAGAGCAAUCGUUUGUGUUAUCCUAACAGAACACCCCAGAGACAUGCAAGGUGCAGGGAAAUCAAUUACUUGUUAGCACUGAAUGCUCUUGGCAGAAAGAAAGCACGGGAUUGUUCGGUUGCAGGCUUGGUCAAAUUGCUCGCCCGACCCAAUGAAGAUUUCUUUGUAAGUGGCUUGCUGCAACACCCAGAGUAUGAUAUUAUUGAAGAUGGGGACAUGGAAAAGUAUUUUGACGAUGAUGGGAACCUCAUCCUGAUUGAAGAAGAUGCAGUGAUAAUUGGGUUGCUUUUUGGGCUUCUGCAACAAAACCCAGAUUCCUGGGCCAAGAGUGGUGGCAACAGAAGCAACCAACAGAGACCUACUAAGCGCCCGAGGGUGUUGCCUCUAUGA